GUUCCUGGCCUGAAGUGAGAGGAGCAACAUGCCCAACGACUCUGACAAGCCUGGGGGUGGAGAAGACGAGCGCACAGAGCACAGGACUGACUCCUCUGAACAGUCCCUUAGUAAGAGAGUCCGAAGAGGCACACCCAGUCCUCAUAGAGGGAACACCCCACAGUGUGAGUAGCACCUAUAGGGUGGAAGUAGGGCCUGUCAUGACAUAGCUGCCUUAAUGGUUCAAAAUAAGGUGCACUAUAUGAAGGCUUGAAGUCCAGAACUAGCAGAUGUCAUGUAAAUAUAAGUUGGUCCACAUUCCUUUUGAGAGCUGCAUAACCUGUUGCCGUUGCUCCCCUGUUUCACAGCCAGCCCACCAAGGUUUGUGUCAGUGGAUGAGCUCAUGGAGACUGCUAACGGUGUGACCAACAUGGCCCUGGCGCAUGAGAUGGUAGUGUUCACUGACUUCCAGGUGAAGCCCUCAGAGCCAGCAGAAGGAAGGUGAGCUCCUUGGAUAGUCUUACGAAUAGAAGUGGCUGUCACUAUGUAUUUUGAUUGCUGUGCCAUUGUUGGGAUCUAUUUUCUUAGAAUUAGAUGUGAUGCCUAGCUUAAAAAGAAUACAUUAAUGAUUAAACAUAAUAGAUUUGUGCUGUACUGAUAUAGAUUGUUUAACAUAACAAGCUGUGACUAAUGUGAGGAACCGUUAGGGGGGAGGCUGAGAUAGACUUGUGACACACACACACACACACACACUGCCUCUUUGUUAAACCGCUCAAGGACGUGUACUGCAACAAUGAAGAAGAGGAAACUAUGUCUGAGGGUUGCUGACUCUCGAGACAAGUUGCAAAAAACAACUAAUGCCCGGCAACAGUGAAGCGCCAAGAGGCUGGGACCAGCCUGAGCGCCAACGAUAGGUUGAGUAAGUCUAAACCACGCUCAGCCUCUACUCUGAUAGGCCUGCCUGGAGCAGGAACUAUCUCUGUCAGAGUAUCAAAAUAAUAACUUUGGGUUGGGACAGUUAGUUCUCUGUUUUGCCCUGCGAGGUGUUAGUGAACCCGUAUAUACGAAAAUUGCAUUUACCAUUUAUUCGCUUGACUAAUUAUAUUAAUAAAAAAGCUGAGAAUAUAUUCAGUGACUUAGUGUUAAAUUCUGUUCUGAUACCAGAUUCGAAUUACGCAACUUAACAAAGAAACAUGGUGAUGAGGGAGAUUUUAUUUUGUGGACUAUUAGAUAUAACUGGGUUAAUCACAAACAUAGUUUUUGAAUUCUUUGUUGCUAGGCGGAAGACUUAGUUGGGUUAUUUCAGUGUGUGGGUGAAGUGAAAGGUGACCUAGGGUCGAAUUGCUCUCUUACCACCAUUAUAGACAAAGGAAGUGGGAGGAGCAAUAAAGAAGCAAGAGACAGUCUCAAAAAUAAAUAAGGGAUGGCAAUUGGAUGAUAAAUUACCAAUAUUACCUAAGUGAUUGUUUAGGUAGGUGGUAAUAUUGACACAUGGGCAAAACGUGUCAAAAGGGGGAUGAUAGUAGAUGGUAGGAUUAAAUAAUAAAUAUAUACGAAGGAGAGGACAAAAUACUUUAAAAAACAAUUUUUUAGAUACAGUCUAGAAAGAUAAUACUGAUGUGAACGGUAUGAUUAGAGAGGGGUUAAGGAAAACACACAGGAGAGCAGUAAGAAAUGGGGUACAAGGUCUACCGAUAGUAUUAAUGACGAUCAGGAGAACUCCAGAUAAAGAAGGGUUAUUGCCAUUGGAGAAGGGAUUUGGUAGACCAUACAGAAUACCCGAGUUAGGAGGACCGGAGCAGUCAGAAAUAGAAAUUGAGAGCUGAACACGUGUGAAGGUAGUUUAUUAACCACACCUGUAUGUCAGAGGUUUUGUGCCCCACAGGUGAACUAAAGGAGUAGGUGACCCACUCUAUCUAACCAGGUGACUGGUGAGGAUCCAGUCCCUAAAGAAGAAAAACUGGAAGCAGGCCUGUUGGGAAGGGCCCUAUCAGGUUAUAUUGGUCACUGCUUUUGCCAUUAGAAUAGCAGAAAGAGCAACCUGGGUCCACGUUACCCACUGCAAAAAGGUAAGAACACAUGCAAGCACCACUGAACACACGCAGAGUUAGAGAGAAGAACUUGACCAAUAGGGUCUGGGGAUCACCUCUGUUAACGAAGAUCUCCUACCCCGACCUAUCAUCACUGUAGUGUGUUCUCAGGGUGUGAGUAUGGGGUAGUACCAAGCAGAAAGACUGAGGACAGGAGAGGGUUGGCGGUUUUUGGGAAUAUGGGUGACUUGAGCUGCAUCAUAGUCUCGGCAAUGGUCUUGAUAUGUCAAGAUCCACCACCAAUUAUGCUAUGCCCUUACCAUUGUUAAGAAGUAAAAGAGAAGAGAAGCAACCCGACAUACUGACCGUCAAGGACGAGUGGCCUACAAAAUGGGAGUCAGAGAAGGGCAGACUGUCAGAUUCAAAAUAAGGGUUAGGGACGUAGCCAACGGGUGGGGUACAUGUCAAUAAGCAAAUUGGGAUUAUAAAAUCCCAUUAUAUUCGUGUUCGGCCCCCACGGCGGAUUGUUCCUAGACUCAAGUGUUUAAACACACUUGGGGACGGGGAUAUGAGACCGGGCGGGACUGAACAUCCAGAUGGGGGGUAAAGAGAAACAAAGACAUCACCAAUUAUCAAUUGGAGAUAGUAGUAAUGUGACGGACUUCCGAACUUAAGCACAGGAGAGAAUUCUAAACCUUACAGCCCCUGUAACCGAUGUGUGGUGGGCGUGUGCCAGUAAAGGCAGUAUAAGGCAGAGAAUUCCAAAAGGGUGGCUAGAUACGUGCGCCCUGGUUCUACUGGUUCAGCUAGUUAGAAUUAGUCACCAGGAACCAAGGAUUAAACAGAUGUAGGAGGAGUUUUAACAAGAAGGAGAAUAGCCCUAUUUAGAUGGAUGCGAUUGGGAUACCAAGGGGGGUAUCGGCUGGAUACCGAGCUAUGAAACAAUUAGGGAAAGGGUUUACUACCACGUUCUUUUGGUGGGUGACAAACCAAAUUGUGGAUUGGAUUAAUUAUAUCUAUUACGACCAACAACGAUUUAUUGGCUAGACUAGGGAUGCAGCAAAAGGGAUCUCUGAACAAUUAUCCGCCAUCUCACUCAUGACUUAGUAAAAGAGGUUGGCUCUAGAUCAGGCAGAAAGGGGCGGUGUCUAUAGAAUGGUAAGCCAUUGUUGCACAUUUAUCCCUAACAAUACCAGUCCUGACGGGAGUAUCUCUAAAGCCCUAGUUGGUUUAGAUAAACUAUCAGCUGAAAUGAAGAGCAUGGCUGGAGUGGAGGAAACCGGACUGUUUUCUUGGUUGGGUGAGUGGUUUUGUAAGUAUGCUGCACUGGUGGUUACUGGAUUUCUGACCCUAAUCGUUAUGUUUUUAAUUUUGAUGUGCUGUGCUGCCUGUAUUAUCCCUUGUCUGAGAAAGUCUGUUACAGAUGUCGUGCACGCUGCUGGUAUGAUGCCUUUGCUGGAGGCACAAGAAGGAGAUGCAGAAACUGAGUCUAGCUUUCGGAGGAAAAUGGGGUUGACUAAGGAUGACCCUUGGUUUGCUAUUGGUGAGGUGGUGGAGUGACACCCUAGUGGGUGUCUAAAGGGGGAAUCAAAAUUCCCUGUUUGUGUUUUUAUGUUUUAUAAAUCUUUUUUAACUAUUGUGAAUGUUUGUCUUUCCUUAUGUGAAGGUUUGAAGUUCCUGGGUGGCUGGUAGCCAACCUAGUACAAGUUAGGUGUAGAUGGAAGGACUGAAGGCCUUUUUAUUAUCAUUAUUGCCUAUUAAUAAAAGUGUGAUUCUUUUUGUUUGUAUUGUAUUUUAAUGAGUGACACCCUAGUGGGUGUCAAAAGGGGGUAUCCUAAAUUUCCCUGAAAUUUCUUAUUUUGGGUUCACACCCAGCGGGUGUGAAAAGGGGGAUUGUUGGGAUCUAUUUUCUUAUAAUUAGAUGUGAUGCUUAGCUUAAAAAGAAUACAUUAAUGAUUAAACAUAAUAGGUUUGUGCUGUACUGAUAUAGAUUGUUUAACAUAACAAGCUGUGACUAAUGUGAGGAACCGUUAGGGGGGAUAGACUUGUGACUUGUGACACACACACACACUGCCUCUUUGUUAAACCGCUCAAGGACAUGUGUACUGCAACAAUGAAGAAGAGGAAACUAUGUCUGAGGGUUGCUGACUCUCGAGACAAGUUGCAAAAAACAACUAAUGCCUGGCAACAGUGAAGCGCCAAGAGGCUGGGACCAGCCUGAGCACCAACGAUAGGUUGAGUAAGUCUAAACCACGCUCAGCCUCUACUCUGAUAGGCCUGCCUGGAGCAGGAACUAUCUCUGUCAGAGUAUCAAAAGAAGAACUUUGGGUUGGGACAGUUAGUUCUCUGUUUUGCCCUGCGAGGUGUUACAGUGAACCUGUGUAUACGAAAAUUGCAUUUACCAUUUAAUAAAAAAGCAGAGAAUAUAUUCAGUGACUUAGUGUUAAAUUCUGUUCUGAUACCAGAUUCGAAUUACGCAACUUAACACCAUGCACAAUUGUAAGACCUGAUGUACUGAUGCUAGCAUCCACAUUUUGUAUUGUCAUUAAAAUUCUUCUUCUUGCUGUGCUCCCAGUUUGGAAAAAAAGAGUGAAGGAGAUGAUGCAUAAAGCAUUCUGGGACAUUCUGGAGGCACAGUGGAGCGAGAACCCACCAUCUUAUGAUAAUGCAAUCAAACUUCUGGCAGAGAUCAGAGGUAAGACAGCUGAGGGUUAGGAGGACCGUUGACACUUGGAGGCAAACAACAGACCAAAUAACCUUGAUGGAUAAGUUUGCUAGGCCAUGUUUUAUCAUUCAAAAGAUAAUUUUUUAUUAAUUCUCCUAGACGCUGCUGUCCUUUCUGCUACCGGGUCAUGGGCGACUGGGGGGCCAAAUUGAGGAGGUACUAGACCUCUGAUCCAGCAGCAGGCAGAGAACGGAGCUCUGGACAUCAGUAAGGUGGUUGAGUUUGUCGUUGGUAUGAUGGGUUCACUCUGCGCUCCGAGCCAAGCCGAGGAAAUCAGGAAGCUUAUGGAAAUCACAGACCUUGUGCCUCUAUUAAAGUAAGUCAGCAGUCAAUGCUUUUGAGUGCUGGAAUGGGGUUAUGUUGCUACCUCCGCCUUUGUGCAAGGAGGAGCAGGAGGAGCACUGUCAGCACUGCCAGAGCCCUGCAAAAUGACAUCCAGCAGGCCACAAAUGUGCAUGUGUCUGCUCAAACGGUCAGAAACAGACUCCAUGAGGGUGGUAUGAGGGCCCGACGUCCACAGGUGGGGGUUGUGCUUACAGCCCAACACCGUGCAGGACGUUUGGCAUUUGCCAGAGAACACCAAUAUUGGCAAAUUCGCCACUGGCGCCCUGUGCUCUUCACAGAUGAAAGCAGGUUCACACUGAGCACAUGUGACAGACGUGACAGAGUCUGGAGACGCCGUGGAGAACGUUCUGCUGCCUGCAACAUCCUCCAGCAUGACCGGUUUGGCGGUGGGUCAGUCAUGGUGUGGGGUGGCAUUUCUUUGGGGUGCCGCACAGCCCUCCAUGUGCUCGCCAGAGGUAGCCUGACUGCCAUUAGGUACUGAGAUGAGAUCCUCAGACCCCUUGUGAGACCAUAUGCUGGUGCGGUUGGCCCUGGGUUCCUCCUACUGCAAGACCUCAUGUGGCUGGAGUGUGUCAGCAGUUCCUGCAAGAGGAAGGCAUUGAUGCGAUGGACUGGCCCGCCCGUUCCCCAGACCUGAAUCCAAUUGAGCACAUCUGGGACAUCAUGUCACGCUCCAUCCACCAACGCCACGUUGCACCACAGACUGUCCAGGAGUUGGCGGAUGCUUUAGUCCAGGUCUGGGAGGCAAUCCCUCAGGAGACCAUCCGCCACCUCAUCAGGAGCAUGCCCAGGCGUUGUAGGGAGGUCAUACAGGCACGUGGAGGCCACACACACUACUGAGCCUCAUUUUGACUUGUUUUAAGGACAUUACAUCAAAGUUGGAUCAGCCUGUAGUGUGGUUUUCCACUUUAAUUUUGAGGGUGACUCCAAAUCCAGACCUCCAUGGGUUGAUACAUUUGAUUUCCAUUGAUAAUUUUUGUGUGAUUUUGUUGUCAGCACAUUCAACUAUGUAAAAGAAAAAGUAUUUAAUAAGAUUAUUUCAUUCAUUCAGAUCUAGGAUGUGUUAUUUUAGUGUUCCCUUUAUUUUUUUUAGCAGUGUAUAUGUUUAUGUGACACAACUGAUGUCUCCCUUUCUUUGUCAUACUAACAAGGCCUUAUUUUCCAAAAAUGUGUGCCUGGAAUUUCUAACAUCCCUGUCACUACUGUGAUAUUGUCAUACUCUGUCUAAUAGGGCAUUAUUUCCAGUGUUGGAUAAAAUGAAACUUGAUAUGGCCAAUUUUGCAGUCAGCAGCAUCCGACCCCACCUUCUGCAGCAAUCCGUUGAGUAUGAACGGAAGAAAUUCCAGGAGUUUGUCGAAAAACAACCCAGUAAGAAGGACAUCAUUAGCGUCUCACAACUGAUCAUUGUUAAUCACUAAUGCUUCAAUCAUCAUUGGCUGAACAAACGUACCUUAGCUGUUUUGUGCUGCACUUGAAUGGCUCUUACUGUAGAUAAUGUACAGUGCCUUCAGAAAACUAUUCACACACCUUGGCUUUUUCCACAUUUUGUUGUGUUAAAGUGGGAUUAAAAUGUAUUUAAUUGUAAUUUUUUUGUUGAUGAUCUACACAAAAUACUCUGUCAAAGUGGAAGAAAAAUUCAAAAAUAAAAUAAAUGAAUGGAAAAUAAAACACGAAUAUAUUUUGAUUAGAUAAGUAUUCAACCCCCUGAGUCAAUACAUGUUAGAAUCAACUUUGGCAGUGAUUACAGCAGUGAGUCUUUCUGGGUAAGUCUCUAAGAGCUUUACAAACCUGGAUUGUACAAUACUUGCCCGUUAUUAUUUUUCAAAUUCUUCAAGCUCUGUCAAGUUGGUUUUUGAUCAUUGCUAGACAUCCAUUUUCAAGUCUUGCCAUAGAUUUUCAAGCCAGUGUGAGUCAAAACUGUAACUAGGCCACUCAGGAACAUUCAAUGUCAUCUUGGUAAGUAACUCCAGUGUAUAUUUGGCCUUGUGUUUUCGGUUAUUGUCCUGCUGAAAGGUAGUGUCUGUUGGAAAGCAGACUGAACCAGGUUUUCCUCUAGGACGUGGUCUGUGCAUAGCUCUAUUCGUUUUAUUUAUAAAAAGAAUUUUUUUUGUCCAUUUAAAAUAACAUCAAAUUGAUGAGACAUUGUGUAGACAGUGUAGACAUUGUUAAUGUUGUAAAUGGCUAUUGUAGCUGGAAACUGCUGAUUUUUUAUGGAAUAUCUACAUAGGCGUACAGAGACCCAUUAUCAGCAACUAUCAGUCCCGUGUUCCAAUGGCACGUUGUGUUUGCUAAUCCAAGUUUAUCAUUUUAAAAGGCUAAUUGAUCAUUAGAAAACCCUUUUGCAAUUACAUUUACAUUUUAGUCAUUUAGCAGACGCUCUUAUCCAGAGCGACUUACAGUUAGUGAGUGCAUACAUUUUUCAUACUGGCCCCCCGUGGGAAACGAACCCACAACCCUGGCGUUGCAAGCGCCAUGCUCUACCAACUGAGCUACAGGGGACUAACAGGCUCAAAAUGUCCAGAAACAAAGAACGUUCUUCUGAAACUCGUCAGUCUAUUCUUGUUCUGAGAAAUGAAGGCUAUUCCAUGCGAGAAAUUGCCAAGAAACUGAAGAUCUCAUACAACGCUGUGUACUACUCCCUUCACAGAACAGCGCAAACUGGCUCUAACCACAAUAGAAAGAGGAGUGGGAGGCACAACUGAGCAAGAGGACAAAUACAUUAGAGUGUCUAGUUUGAGAAACAGGCGCCUCACAGGUCCUCAACUGGCAGCUUCAUUAAAUAGUACCCGCAAAACACCAGUCUCAACAUCAACAGUGAAGAGGUGACUCCGGGAUGCUGACCUUCUAGGCAGAGUUGCAAAGAAAAAGCCAUAUCUCAGACUGCCCAUCUUAAUCUUUUCUUUUUAUUGGCCAGUCUGAGAUAUGGCUUUUUCUUUGCAACUCUGCCUAGAAGGUCAGCAUCCCGGAGUCGCCUCUUCACUGUUGACGUUGAGACUGGUGUUUUGCGGGUACUAUUUAAUGAAGCUGCCAGUUGAGGACCUGUGAGGCCAAGUCAUGACAAAUCUGUGUUUGAAAUUCACUGCUCGACUGAUGGACCUUAAAGAUAAUUGUAUGUUUGGGGUACAGAGAUGGGGUAGUCAUUCAAAAAUCAAGUUACACACCAUUAUUGCACACAGUUAGUCUAUGCAACUUAUCUGACUUGUUAAGCUAAUUUUACUCCUGAAGUUAUUUAGGCUUGUCAUAAUUAUAACUUUUAAUGUUUUAUUAAUUUGUAAAAAUGUCCCAAAAACAUAAUUCCAGUUUGACAUUAUGAGUUAUUGUGUGUAGAUCAGUGACACAAAAUCUAAAUGUAAUCCAUUUUAUAUUCAGGUUGUAACACAAAAUCUAGAAAAAUUCAAAGGGGUCGAAUACUUUCUGAAAGCAUUGUAAAUGUUUGUGGAGUAAUAUGCAGAUGCCUUAGACUUCACUGAGAAGUGGCUUCAAGACUCAAAAAUCUCUACUCCAUGAAGAUCAAGCGGUUGGGCCAGGUAGUUCCACCACUUCCCUCACUGUGCACAACCAUGCUUACCUGCAUCUGCUUAAGUGGGACCACGCCUCUGAUCCAUUCCCUGAGGUAGGCAUGUCUAUCAUACACCUUGCACAGGCCUGUGGCCUAACAGUGGUUUAGGACUGGCUUUUAGAAAAUCAUCACGUUUUUUCUCUCUGCCCUGGACCAGGUGCAUUUCCAGGAGAUGCAGCAGGACUUGGAUCAGCUGGUUCUGGUGGCGUCUGUGCUGCUCAUAGUGUACAACACCACAGGGGAGGCCAUCUCAGGCCUGCCAGGCCUUAUGGACAGACUCAAGAGGACCAUUAGGGUUCUGCUCAGAGAGCUGCACAUGCCGUAAGUACACAUUUAAACUAGUGAUGUGCAUUCAGUCUUUUCGGUGAGCCGGAUCUUUAGGCAUAGUAACUACUCUUGUUUGUCAUACAUAAUACUCAGGGCCCUCAUUCAUUUUGUGAAUUUAUGAACUUACCCAACCCUUAACUUUGGUCUUUAGGUCUUUCUGUGCAGAGGAAGCCUUAGCUACCAUUGGAGAAAGGAUGUGUGUGGAGCUAAGUGGAUGUCUGUCUGAACAUGGCUUUUCCACGUUCUCCACCAACCGGCAGAGCAUUCUGAAAGGCCAGAUCUCAGCUGUUACUCUCCCAGACAACACCAUCUGCAAGCUUAUAGGUAACCUAACUUCAUUCUAUGUCAUCCACAGUUUAAUGUAUUUUGCCAAAUGCUUUCCCCAAUUCCUCUCCAUAAAGUUCUGUGCAAAAUAUAGUUUGUCUGUAUCUUCGGUCUGUUCCUAGAUCAUCGUUUACAUGUGUGGUCGUGGCAAUUACAUGAUCUGCCUGUGAUGAUAGCAUACCUAGUUUGCUGCUCUACUGUGACAGUUUAACACUGAGCAUGACAAUUAUUUCCUUACUCAGACUCCCGCAUCCAGACCUACCUGCUUGCCUUGCUGGAGUCCAGUCACAGGAGUGCUCCAACCCUACCAGGGGGCCUAGCUCCAGUCAGCAAAGAGCUGGAAGAGAUUGCCAUGAGGUUUGGCCGUCUGGUCCACUUCAACAAGUUGGUUUAUUCCCCUUUCUACCAAAAGAUACUACAGGAGAUUGUGCAAGAAGGGGAAAGUCACGACACCUAGGCUUGAACACUGAACUGUUAAAUAAAAUGGGAUCACUGUAGGUUAUCCAUUUUUUUCCAUUAUAUGGCUAGAGAUAAUGCAAUGAUGCCAAUAUUAAUUGAUAUGAAAAUACUUAUACAAGUUCUGUUGCAUUCACUUUUUACUUAUUUGAUGAUGGGUGUCUCACAUCUGUUUAUGGAUUGGUACAGCAACCACAGGUAAGAAGGGCACAAUGCAAAACUGCAUGUUUUUCUUAAAUAUAUAUAUAUAUACACACAUAUACAGUGGGGGAAAAAAGUAUUUGAUCCCCUGCUGAUUUUGUACGUUUGCCCACUGACAAAGAAAUGAUCAGUCUAUCAUUUUAAUGGUAGGUUUAUUUGAACAGUGAGAGACAGAAUAACAACAAAAAAAUCCAGAAAAACGCAUGUCAAAAAUGUU